AUGAUCCCGGCGCCCAGCUCGUCGUUCUCGCUGUCGGACCUGGCGCCGGGCCGGCACUACGAGCUGUGCGUGCUGGCCGUGUUCUCGGAGGCGCGCUCUUCCCUGCCGGCCACGCGCGCCCUGGGCUGCUCGCGCUUCUCCACGCGCGCGGCGCCCCGGCCCUGCCGCUCCCCGCAGCCGCACUUCCUGGGCGGCACCAUGAUCAUCGUCAUCGGCGGCAUCAUCGUCGCCUCCGUGCUCGUCUUCAUCUUCCUCCUGCUGAUGAAGUACAAGCUGCACGGCGCCCAGCCCAAGGCCCGCGGCAAGGCCCACGUCUGCUCGCAGACCAACGGCGCCUCCGUCGGCCGCUCCGGCUCCUGCAAGCUGGAGCCGCCGGAAUGUUCCGGAACGGCCGCCAAGGGCAGGGCCGGAGACUGGGAGGGCGAUGGGGGCGAGGGGGGGUCGUGA